AUGGAAGAUAUGAAUGAUAAAGGUAAUAAUAUUGUGGAAAGUGAUCGAAAUAGUAAUAGUAAUCUUCCAUCAAUGGAUGUUAAUGCCGAUGAUAUAAUAACUACGGACUCUGAAGGUGAUUUCAAUGAAACAACAUCUUUAAUUAAAGGUUCUAAUGAUAGAAACAAUGAUAAUAGUAAAGUUCUGAAAAAUGAAAAAACUCCAUUAAUAAAAAGAAAUCAAGGAACAUCAGUUAGAACAGUUCAAAAUGGAUCCCAAAAUAUUUAUAGUAGUAAUGACGGUGAUACAAGUGAAAGUGAAGAUGACUCAACAACUGAAGAAUUUUUUAAACAAUACGGUUCAAUUGAUGAUGCUAAUUUACUUACUUUUGUUACAGAUGAAAUUUCUAAAGCAAUUAAAUCAGGUGUCAAUCCUGAAAGAAUUAUUCAAGGAUCAUCUGGAUCAUAUUUUUGUAAAAAUAUUCAUGGUGAAAAAAUUGGUGUUUUUAAACCAAAAAAUGAAGAACCAUAUGGAGAAAAUAAUCCAAAAUGGGCUAAAUGGUUUCAACGUUGUUUGAUGCCAUGUUGUUUUGGUAGAUCAUGUUUAUGUCCAAAUCAGGUAUGUUUAAAAAAAAAUAUAUAA